CUAUGGCAAUGGCUCGGGGUCGACCGGGACCCCCCAAAUCAAAGGCAGCGGUUGCGAAGCCUGUUCCGUAUCACUUGAAGCCCAAAGAGGCCAAAGAGGCCGAGGCCGAGGUUCGGAACCAGAGGCCCAAGUCACCGAAACUUUCAUCGCGACCGGGAAGUGCUGCUAUUGAUGCUGCAGAUCUUAGAAGGGUGGUUGUUGUAGCGGAGUCGCCUAGGCCAGCCAAGGCUUGGGCUGAUUAUUUGAACCGAGCACUAGAGAAAACAGACUCUGGGCUCGCUAGCAGAUUGAUUAGAUUGGUUGUCCUGGGAGAAGGUGCAAUUUUAGAGCCUGGAGUCUGUGAUGACAACCAUCCUGCAGUUGCGGAACUGCAAGGGGUUGCGAAGAAGAACAAUGUGAUCAUAGCGGCUGGAUCCAUGGUUGAACGUGAUCCAUCUGGUCAGUCGUGGCAGACCUGUGCCCUGGUCGGACAAGAUGGCCUAAUAGGUUCGUACCGCAAGCAAAUGCUAGGAGCCCUUGAGGCAAAAUCUCCCAGUCUGGGGAUUUUUACAACGCCCAUGGGUCGAAUCGGGAUUCUGAUUUGUCUAGACAUUGAAGAUGACACGCUUCUGUAUCAGACAGCCCAGAAUUGUGACAUCAUUGUGAACCCAGCCCACAUUCCACACCGCGGACAUGGACAGCGCUCCCAUGCACUGCAGCCGGUUCAAAGACGCCUCCAAUGGUGGGCAUUGGCUUGCAAUGUGAGCAUUGUACGCUGUGAUUUGCGGCCUCCUAUGGGCAUGGGCACAUCUAUGGUCGUGACCCCCUGUGAGACUUUCCUGGCGUCAGCCCAUUUGAGCCUUUUUGAGGCAGCAGUGUCAUUGAAAGCGAGGCAGUUCUACUCUUGGUAUGCUUCACGGCAUCGGUCAGAAUUCUUGGACAACACAGGAGCACAUUCCAUCAAUACCUUGCAGGAUCGACAUCCAAAAGAUGCCUGGCAGGCCUUACCACAGCCUGCUUUUGGAUUACAACUUGAAGGUUGCGCUCAAGGGCUGUCGUUCCACCUCAAGGGUGAACUCUUGCAUCUGAUCAUUCUGCCUGAGCCUCCAAACGAAAUUUGCUUUGACCAGUCUUCAAACUUGCUAAUUCGUGAUUUGAAAGGAAACGUGUGGUCACUCCGUGCCCAUCACAACAAUAUCCCGGUAUCAUUUAAAGACAUCCUUGGCCCACAGACAAAUGAUACAGAAGGGAAUUCGCCACCUGUGAUUGCAAAGCAAUCGAGCACAUCGAGCACAUGCCCAUGUAUAUCUUUUAGAUUCCUAAAGGAACUAUGGCAACGGUUGUUCUCAGUGGGUUUUCCGAUUAUUCCUCGAAUUCCAUAAUAGGCUUCCAUAGAACCUUCGUCAGCAUAAUGAGAUCCGUCGGCGAGGUGGAUACCGUAUGACGAAUUUGGUUCGUUUUGAAAACAAACAUGCCAAGCAUUCGGUUUUCUUGUAGGCAGCAGUUGAUGCGAUUCGCUUGAGUGGAAA